AAUGUUGGGAUUCACUUGAAACAUUGGACAACAUAGAGUUAAUACCCAAUAUGGCAACAAUAUAUCCAUUUAGUUUGGUUUAAAUCCAUUUCUUAAAUACGUAAAAUGCUAGUAAAAAGAUAAGUAAGCCCAAAUUUAGUAAAUGACAAAUUCAGGAUAAGUAAGGCAAUUUGGUAAGCAAGCUCAUUUAUAACAUUAGUAGGCAUUAUGGGCUGAAGAGAAAUGUCGCUGGCAAGAUGGGCUCUACGCAAAAAAGUAGAGAGGCCCACAUGGUGGUAAGGUGUUUAAGCUAUCCCAAUAAAAAAUUUAAAGGCAAAACAGUCAUUAACAAGUCACCCCUAAGCGAAAAAGAGCUCUGUUGCAGAUCAGAGCAUAGGAGGAGUGAUAAGGCGGUUUUGGCGUGGGGAAGAAGACAAAUCCACAAAGGUAAUAAAAGACCUCUUUGCAUAUAUAAACAGGAAAUAAUCUUUUAGUAAUCUGAACCAAGAAAUGACAUGUGCAUUUUCUAAUGAUGCUUGAAAAUACGGUUGGUGCAAUUGACAAACACAAGUGCAAAACUAUAGAACGUGUCCUAUUAUAAUAUAUAGAUAAUCCAAGUAACUUUUCAAGAGGUGUGGUCAUGACUUUUUGUGUUGUCUGAUCUCUUUUUCGACUAAACAAUGUUAAAGAUUGGUAAAACGUGGCUUCGUGGAAGCGUAAUGGGUGACCAUUUAACAGAAAGAGUCGGUUAACCAACUCCUAAGUAAUACUAUUAUAAUAACAAGCAAAGUCUUCUCUUCUUGUCUCGUGUGUUUAUUUCAUAGAAUGAUUCCAGUUUUUGUACUCUUGCAGCAGAACAACACGAAGCUUUUCCUUUUAUGUAUAGCCAUGUUUCAUGUUUUAAUCUCUUAGUUUUGGUUUGUUUCAGGAAAACGAGGUUCGAAGCAACUACUACAGCGUGAAGAAAGGUAACCUUGAUCAUGUCACAUGCCUCAAAAUGUGAUUGUGCGAUAACAGUGAGGAAGAAAGAUGUGCAAAUACAAAAGAUGGAAAAGAAGAUGGCAAAGUUGAGAAAGCAGAGGGAUAUUGCUGAGUCCAGGCUUGAAGAUUUCAUGAGAAUUAUUGAACACCAUCAUCAGGCGUUAAAGUCUGGAACUCCUUACUUUGGCAACCACACAGACAAGUGGGAAGAUGAUGGUUCAGUAUCAGACACAUCAGGCAUGGUCAAUUUAUUAGACACAAGGAGUUUCAUAUCUGACGACGAUGAUGAUGAUGAUAUCAAUGAAGAGCUGCCUAUGCGUUCACAAGAUCCAUCAGAUGAAUACUGUAGAGAAGUCCAGUGCAUUGAGAUUGAGGAAACGGCCACAGUCUUUAGUAAUAACAACCCCAAAGACGAGAAAGAAGAAACUAAAAACGUUGUAGGCCAUAAUGAGGAUCAUGCUGAUGAUGAAAGGAGUGUAGUCCAAAACGUGAACCACAGAGAUACCAUACCAGGGGCAGAAAGACAAGAGAGUCACAAGAUUGAGUUUCCUGAGUUAGAGUUGGUUUCUAGUAGUGUGUCGAGGAGUGAUUCUAUGUCUUCUUCUUACGGGAGCAAUUCCAAUGGCAUCCCAACGCCCUUGGGAGAAGAAGGAGGUAUCUCUACUUUCCAGACUUUCGUUGAUGGGCUUAAGGAGAUGUCUAAGCGUCAUCAAGAGGUCUCUAAUGCUGAGGCUUCUGGUAAAAUGGAAAGGGACCUUGGCGUGGACGGGGACUUUGAGAGAAAGCGGCAAGAGAUUCUGGAGCUAUGGCAAAGCUGUAACGCCUCUUUGGUGCGUAGAACAUAUUUUUACCUGCUCUUCAAAGGAGAUGAGGCUGAUUCAGUCUACAUUGGAGUUGAGCUGAGAAGACUUUUGUUUAUUAAAGAUCGCUUCUCUCAGGGAAAACAAGCCUCGGAUGGAGGAGAAACCUUAACAUUGUCUUCAAGCCUGAAGGCGCUUCACAAGGAGAGAAAGAUGCUGAGCAAGCUUGUGAGGAAAAGGUUUUCAGAAGAAGAGAUGACAAGAAUCUAUCACAAAUUUGGGAUUGCGGUUAACUCGAAACGCAGGCGUUUACAACUUGUGAACAAGCUGUGGAGCAAUCCCAAGGACAUGACCCAGGUUGCGGAAAGUGCAGAUGUUGUAUCCAAGCUUGUGAAGUUAACUGAACAAGGUAAAACCAUGAAGGAGAUGUUUGGUUUGGCUUCCACGUCUCCUUCCUUGUUGACAUCUCAGAAAGCGCAUGGUUGGAGAAAAAGCUUGCCUCCACUUUUCUAACCAUCUUUGUAGCAGUGCGUAUUUCUUCUUUGUGUCCUUUCUUUUUUCAUUUGUUUGUCUUUUGAUUUUGAAGGGAGCCAGCCAACAUUGUGUUAUUGAUAUAUUUUUCAUUCAAUAAAUUUUGGUACCCUUAAACAUGUAAACACAAUCUCGAACUUACACAUCUAAUGAAAUCUGUUGACCAAAGUUACAGUCAAAUAAAAAAAUGUCAC